AUGAGGCUGUUUAUGUUAGGCUUCGCAGUCUCCUAUAUUCUGCCAUGCCUCGUCCGUGGCCAAGGGAGCGAGAACCAAUCGCACAAUUCUUGGCCCAUCCAGUCCUUCAAGUCCAGCAGCGCCCGCCCGCCCAGCCUCCUCGUCGAAAAGACGGGCAAAACCGAGUCCGGACUACUUUCCUUCUCACCAUUCGGGUGGAAGUGUCAAGAAUGUAGCUCCUUCGUCAUAAUCUCGGAUGAAAAUGAACUAAUUUGGCAAUCGGCAUUGGGGACGUUUUCCUCAUUCAACCCUCAAACUCUGUAUGGCAAUCAAGUCCUCGUUUACUGGACUGGCACUAUUCUCCCACGACCCUGGGGUAUGGGCAUUGGGCAGAUUGAGAUACUGGACAGCACAUAUAACAACAUUUACACGGUUUCCAUUUCUGGGAAAGAGCAGAAUCUUGUGCCAGCGGCUGGGUUAGACGCAAGCAAGCUUCCAUCGUUUAUUGACAUACAUGAGGGUACCAUCACUCCUGAGAACACUAUACUAGUAACGGCCUAUAAUACCACAGAGUACGACUUGACGGCGUUUGGCGGGCCGGCAGAUGGAUGGAUGCACGAUUGCGUGUUGUACGAAUUGGACAUCAAGACGAAUAGGGUGCUUCAUCGGUGGAGCGCAUUGGAGCAUAUUGAUGCGUAUGCGGUGCCGUAUGGUGAUUUGAAGUAUCCGCUCGGGGAUAUGGGGAGGAAUAGGACGCACCCGUAUGACUUUACGCAUAUCAACUCUGUUGAUAAGUUUCGCGAUGGGUCGUAUUUGAUCUCGUCGAGGCAUACGUGUGCUGUGUAUCGUGUUGCAGCGGAUGGCACGAUACUUUGGGUACUGCAAGGGCAAGGUGGCAAAAGCAGCUUUGUUCACAGGCCCGGCGUGUCCUUUUGUUUCCAGCACGACGCACGCAUCUACAGAGACUCUGGUACAAUCAUCACCAUAUCACUGUUCAACAACGACAACGACUUUGGGACGCCUCCCCGAGUAUCCACAGCGCUCUUCAUAACUCUGGAUACAGUUCAGAUGACAGCCGUUGUGGAGAGGGAGCUGACAGACCCUACGGAGAGUCUCUUCAGUCCGGCCAUGGGCAAUGUGCAGCCAUUGCCACACGGUAACAGCCUUGUCGGUUACGGAUUUCUUCCAUACCUGAAAGAAUAUGAUGCGGCGGGCAAUGUCGUCAUGAGAGUUCAAUGGGGCUACAUCAAUGCGGCAUCGGCGUAUCGAGCUUCUAGAACUAAGUGGAUUGGCAAGCCUACGACUCCGCCGGCGGUGUAUGCGUGCUACGACGGGAGGAAUACGCAGGUUUUUAUGAGUUGGAAUGGGUCGACGGAGCACAAAUCUUGGAGCGUGAUGGCCGGCGAUGAACCGUGGCGGAUGGCGAAGCGUAAGAGGGUACCGUCUUCUGGCUUUGAGACUAUGUGUGAAGUUAUCGGUGGGCUUCGAUAUGUGCAAGUUGAACCGGAGGGGGAUAACGUGUCGCCUGUCAAUUCAAGUAUUGUCAAGGUCGUCAAUUGCUAA